UUCCUCAAUCUUGAUGUUAAUCUUAAAAAUGCAUUCAAUAGUCGAUUCGGAACCAAAUGUAUGGGGCUGUAUUUUCUCGUCGAAGUUUGUUUGUUUCAAGUACUAUCAAUUUCUUAAUUUUCUGAAAUUUUACUAUCCAUAUUUGUUGUCUCGUUAUGAAAUGCGUGUUUGCAUGCUACUUGGUUCUUGUGAUUUUAACUAUUUCAAAUGCAAAUUCGUUCGAAACAUACAUCUCCAAUCAGACUCAAUGUUUGGAUGAUAUACUAUUUAUCCUAAGGAAUUUGGAUUCGCCAUGGGUCAUCCGCCUAUUAGAUUCCUAUGGGAAGGUACCUAGUGGUGUCCUGCUUGGAGAUUUUAUGUGGAUUGGAAAAUAUAACGAAUGCUUAGAUGUCUCAAGCAGUGAAAAUGAAACUGAUGAUGGAUUCCAUGGAAUGUAUUGCUUAGCAGAAUGGAAUGUAACUUUGCCACACAAUUUUAAUGUUCCUUUACAACAUCUACCUCUUAGAACUGGAGUAUGUCUGCCUGAUACAUGUAAAGGAUUUAAUGCUAGGACUACUUCGCAUGGAGUGGAGCACAUUCUAGCUAAAACGGCCAUGAAGCAGUACUUUCCUAACCUGCAGUUGACAUCAUUAAAAUGUGAUUUUCAAGAUUUUGAAAUUGGAUCUGCUGCAUUUUUUUUCAUGUCUAUAAUUGGAGUAUAUCUAUUUGUAGUUUUGCUGUCAACACUUCUCUCUGUGGCUCUGCAUCUUCGAAACCGCAUCAGUACUGGUCGUAAUGCUCAAACAUGUGAUAACCUCAAAGCAUAUGAUGAAUAUUAUAGUAAUUUUAUUAAUCAAAAUGCUAUCAAUUCUUAUGAGAAUGAAGAAUGUGAAGAUGAACAAUCUUUAUUUCAUCAAAAUUUUCAUGCAGACUUUCAAAAAACAAAGUUUCCAUCUAACAUUCAAAAAAAAUCUGAUAGCAUCAAAAAAUUUCUGCAAUGUUUCUGCUUGUUCUCUAAUGCAAAUAAAAUACUCGACACUAAGACCUCAAAGAAUGAAUUCCUUUGCAUCCAUGGUAUUCGAGUACUUAGCAUGUCGUGGAUAAUUUUAGGUCAUACUUAUGUGCAUAACAUGGAUAUAAUUGCAAAUUAUGUUGAGUUAUGGGAAAGCAUCAACAAUUUACCUUUUCAAAUAGUUGUUCAAGGCACCUUUUCAGUUGAUUCCUUUUUUCUGAUUGGAGGAUUUUUACUGUCGUACUUGUAUUUAGAUGAAGCAGACAAAAAACAAGGAAAAAUAAGUUUUGUCAAAAUAUGCCUGCAUCGUUUUAUAAGAAUAACUCCAGUUUACAUGAUUUUAAUUGCUUUCAAGACAUUGUUAUUCAAACAUAUAUCUUCUGGACCGUUCUGGAGUGAUGAUAUUGGAAUUGGUUCCUGUGAGAAGAAUUGGUGGUGGAACUUACUGUACAUUAAUAAUUUUCUCCCUUUAAAUUCAAUGUGUGUAUCUUGGUCUUGGUACUUAGCAAAUGACAUGCAGUUUUUUGUCAUUAGCUCUCUCGUUCUUUACAUUUUGUGGAGGUGGAAUAAAGUUGGUUUGGGCAUUUUUUUGACUAUGCUGGUAUGCAGUUGGGCUAUUACAGGUUAUAUCAGUCACAUUUACAAUGUUAUGCCUUUGUUUGCUAAUGUAUCAGAAGCUAAAAACUAUGCAGAAUAUUAUCAAAGCAUGUUGCAAUCAUGGAACUUAAUAUACAGCAAGCCUUACUGUCGGGUAGCUCCUCAUGUGAUUGGAAUUCUUUUAGCUGUUUUUAUUUAUAAAAAAGGCAAAGAAAAAUAUGUGAUGCCCUGGUGGAUGCUGACUGUUGGUUGGUGUGUUGCUGUUUUUUGCUCUACAAGUGUUGUUUAUGGCCUCUAUCACAUCAAAUCAAAUCAAGUUCUGUUUAAUGUCUACAAUACAUUUGCAAGAAGCUCAUUCUGCAUAGGUGUAUCUUGGGUGAUCUAUUGCUGUGUAUCGAAUCAAGGAGGUUUUGUCAAUCGAAUUUUAUCUAGCAAGCUGUGGAUUCCUCUGAGUCGCUUAACAUUUUGUGCAUAUUUGUAUCAUCCUUUAAUAAUGAGUUGGUACUUUCAGUCUCAGAAAGUACCUUUUUAUUUUACACAUUCCAAUAUGGUUGUUUGUUACCUGGCCUUUUUAAUGAUGUCAUAUGGAAUUGCAUUUGUUAUCAGUAUAACAUUUGAAGCCCCACUCAUUAAUAUUGAAAAGCUCAUCACUAAAAGAGAAAGACGAUAGUUUUCUCUGAAAAAAAGAUCUUUAUAUGUUUUAAUUUUAGCUUUUAAACAGAUGUUACAAGUUUUUACUUUGAAUUUUUGUUCUACCCAAAUUUUAAUACAUUGUCUUGAAAUAAUUUGUUUACUGUUCAUAUUUUUCAUACAUUAAAAAUUUCCAAUUUUUAGAUGUUAUGCUGCAAGCUUCAUGAACAACCUUUACAUGUACUAUUUUCAGUAACAUUUAUGUUUGUAAGUCUUGUUCGUUAAUAAAUUAUAAUA